AACACGGCUACCCAAUCAGUAUUGUUUCAAAACUGGUUUGGUCGCAAGCGAAAAAAUAAAAAUAGAAACAACUGAUCCAAAGAACGCCAAUCUCGUCACGCCUGAUUAAUAUCUGCGCAAGUCACGUCACAAAAUCCUGUUUCUGUGUAGUGUAUUAGCAAUCCCUAAACCUGAAUUGCUCAAUUCCAGCUGAUGCCAUAUAAAGGAGACUUACUAUCUCUAUCUCUCUUUCUGAGAAAUCAAGAGUUUGACCUUGGAAGACCGCCAACGAGAAUAAGAGACACACGUGUACUUGAUUCUCACCUUCAUUCGUUCGCGCGUUCAGGUUCGCGGGUGCCGCCAUAGACUCUAGUUUUUCAAAACAUCGAUAAAGAUGCAUACCAAACCAGGACAGAGAGAACCGACCGUCUUGGUCAAGUUUGUAAGCGCUGGGUUAGCUGCCUCUGUAGCUGAGGCAGCCACUAUUCCGAUAGAUACUGCGAAAGUUCGACUGCAGAUCCAAGGUGAAAAUACAGUCAUGGCAAAUGUACAAAGUGGUGUGGCGACUGCAAAUGCCAAUGUACGUUACCGUGGAAUGAUUGGGUCCAUGAUAACUGUUGCAAAAACUGAUGGCUUUCGUUCCCUGUACAAAGGACUUGUGCCAGGAAUUCACCGACAACUAUGCUUUGCUAGUAUUAGGAUAGGACUCUAUGAUUCAGUAAAAAAAUUCUAUGGUGAUGACGACGUCAACAAUCCAAAAGUCAUAAAGAAGAUUCUUGCCAGUUGUACGACAGGAGUCUUUGCUGUAUCGCUUGCUCAACCAACGGAAGUAGCUAAAGUGAGGUUUCAAGCCAGUGCCUCAAGAUUUGGAUCCGACAAGGCUUUAGAUGCUUAUAAGUCAAUUUUUAGAAAUGAAGGGAUUCGUGGGUUGUGGAAAGGUGCCUUUGCAAAUAUGGCUCGUCUCUCUACUGUGAAUGCCUCAGAGCUGGUUGUGUAUGAUAUGGUGAAAGGGUUUUUUCUAAGAAAGCAACUUAUGGAGGAUGAGUUCCCUUUGCACUUUGUAUCUGCCUUUGGUGCUGGUUUUGCUACCACUGUGAUAGCAUCACCUGUUGAUGUAGUAAAGACACGCUACAUGAACUCACCACCAAAUACUUAUAAGAGUGCUGUUCACUGUGCAUACAUGCUGUUGAAGCACAAUGGGCCUUUUGCUUAUUACAAAGGGUUUACUCCAAACUUCAUAAGACUGGGAUCUUGGAAUAUUGUCAUGUUCAUGUGCUUUGAACAGUUUAAGAGGUUGUUCAGUAAAUUCUCUUCGGAACACUAGAAGCAUAAAUCUUGUUAUUUUCAAUAAGUUGGCUCAGAAAUUUGUUUGCCACAGAUCUCUCUAAGGUGUUUAGAAACUGGAAUACAAAGAGACAUUAUUGGCCUAAAUGCUUGGGCUCCUGAGAAAGAGGGGUUUAUAUUAGAUAUUUUAAUAUAGUACGCAUUUUUAUUAUCUUCCACGUCACCUACUUGAAACUGUGUACAUGAUCUAUAUACAUUGUAUAAGUAAAUACAUUUUAAUUAUCUAGUUUUGCAAUUUCAAAACAUUUUGUACUCAGAAGGAUAUUUCUAGUCUCAAUGUGCAUCUGGUGGUUAGUGUUUGAAUGCCAUGACUUUUAAAGUGAUGUUUUAAGACUAUGAAAAAGUUGCACAUCCACUUUGACAACUUUAAGGAAGUGUAAAAAGUAGAUGUUUGCUAAUUUUAAGUUAAGUAUAAAGCUUGGUAUUUAAUUUAAAGUAAUGUUAAGCACAACAUUCAACUAUAACUGUAAAAAGUUGCACAUUCCAGUUUGGCAACAUCAAAGAAGUGUAUUUACAGUAGAUAUGUUUGCUAUUUUUGCUAUUGGUAAUUAUAAAGCUUGCUAUUUGUAUUUAUUAAAUACGCAAAUGUUAAACACAAUGUUAAAAUCAUUACCGGUAAACAACUUUAGUUUGUUUCAAUUUUUUUUCUUUGUUUGUGUGAGUGAGUGUAGUAGUAAUGUGUUGUAAAGUGACAUGGCAGGCAGUAGAAGAUCGGAAAGCUGAAAACUGGACCACAGGGUUUGUAACUGGUUGAAACCCUAAUAGAGAUGCAAUUCACAGAAUGGUGUAGGGUAUGUUAGUCAGGGUGUGUGGGAAUAUUUUUAAUGAUGCUAGUUGUCAAUAAUUAUAAUUGUAUUUAUUUAGCAAUUGUGGAGAUUCAGUGUCCAGAUGCAGUGCACAUGCAUGUGUGUGUGUGCAGUCAAUGGUGUUAUUGUUAAAAUAAUUGCUUAAGGCAUUAAUUUCUAGAAUUCUUCAGGGUCAGUUGAAAAGGAAAACUUGUGAGAGAAAAA